UUUGGUACUUGUUUCGCGUUGGACAUUAGACCAUAAACGGACAGAAAUAUGGCUCACUGCAUCCAAAAGCUACAGGAUGAAAGGUUUAAGAAUUGGCUAAAGGGAGCUCUUGCAAUAAUCUUUUGCAAAGAAGAAUGGAAGAUUUUGUGUCGGAUGAAAUCACACAAUUCCAACGAGAUAUUCUACAAAACAUCUACACUAAUCAUGGAGUUCAGUCACAUACAGUCUGCACAGCUUGUACAACCGCAAAUGUUCUGCCUUGUGGUGCCCAGAAUUUCUGCUCAGUUGGAAAGAAAUGUUUCGUGCAUGAUUCAAAAGUCCCCAACAAAACGCCCAAUCAGCAAUGCCCGAAUCGGAUCUGCCAAAGGUUAUCGGACGCAAUACGAACCAUGCAUCGGUUCACUAAUCCAUCUUGGAAGAACACGAAUGCAACGUUGUGGUGUACUGACGCCUUCUAUAUAGCAAAAUGCUACCUGCCACCAGAUGGUUACAGUGGGGCCACGUCCAUCAGAGAGGUCGAUUUCAAUGGGGGCAUCAGUGCGAUUCUUACCAAUAAGAGGUUCCAAAACAAGUUGGCGAUAAGUCUAUCUCUGAAAACGAAUAUAUGCACAAAGGCUCGAGAUAUAGGGAGAGCCGUACGUCAUUCGCCGGGUCUGUCAAUAGAAGACAAUGACCUUAAUAGAUAUAUAGAUGCACUGGUUGAUCUUUUAUCUGAUGCAAAGUAUUUGUCCUCUGAUAAGAAGGCAAACGACGCAGUAGAUAAACUGAGAAAGCUAAAAGUUGGAUCAUUUGUGAUAACAACAGAAGACAUAACCAAGAUCCUUGAAGAUACCUCAAAGAAUCUAUUGUCAACCAGUGUUGGACAAAUGAAAGAUCGUCAUGACGAGGCCAUGAAAAGUAUCAGUCAGAAAGAACAAAACAUUAAAGACGAAAUUGAGAAAAACAGAAAUGAUAUAAAUGAGCGAGAAGUUAAGCUGCUGCAAGAGUUAAAAAAUGAGAUGGGAAAAUUGAAUCAUAUUACAAAUGAAAGCCUUGAUGAACUAAUUUAG